AUGUCUGAUGAACAGAUGAAAACAGAUGAUCUAGACCCGCCUCAGGAUCUGGACCCACCUGAGGAUCUAGACCCGCCUCAGGAUCUGGCUGAGGAUCUGGACCCACCUGAGGAUCUAGACCCGCCUCAGGAUCUGGACCCACCUGAGGAUCUGGACCCACCUGAGGAUCUAGACCCGCCUCAGGAUCUGGACCCACCUGAGGAUCUGGACCCACCUGAGGAUCUAGACCCGCCUGAGGAUCUGGACCCACCUGAGGAUCUAGACCCGCCUCAGGAUCUGGACCCACCUGAGGAUCUGGACCUGAGGUCUGAACCUGAGGAUCUGAACCAGCCUCAGGAUCUAGACCCGCCUCAGGAUCUGGACCCACCUGAGGAUCUAGACCCGCCUCAGGAUCUGAACCAGCCUCAGGAUCUAGACCCGCCUCAGGAUCUGAACCAGCCUCAGGAUCUAGACCCGCCUCAGGAUCUGGACCCACCUGAGGAUCUAGACCCGCCUGAGGAUCUGGACCCACCUGAGGAUCUGGCUGAGGAUCUGAACCCGCCUCAGGAUCUAGACCCGCCUCAGGAUCUGGACCCGCCUCAGGAUCUGGACCCGCCUGAGGAUCUGGACCAACCUGAGUAUCUGGCUGAGGAUUUAGACCCGCCUCAGGAUCUGGACCCACCUGAGGAUCUAGACCCGCUUCAGGAUCUGGACCAACCUGAGUAUCUGGCUGAGGAUUUAGACCCGCCUCAGGAUCUGGACCCACCUGAGGAUCUAGACCCGCCUCAGGAUCUGGACCCACCUGAGGAUCUAGACCCGCCUCAGGAUCUGGACCCGCCUGAGGAUCUGGACCUGAGGAUCUAGACCUGAGGAUCUGAACCUGAGGAUCUGAACCCGCCUCAGGAUCUAGACCCGCCUCAGGAUCUGGACCCACCUGAGGAUCUGAAUCAACCUGUGGUUGUAUGAACCCGUCUGUUAAAACCAGAGAGCAGCCCAGCUGCUGAGUUCCGGACCAGAUGGAGGCGGGGCCACACCAGAGAGGAGGGACAGAACUUCUCCUCUCACCUGGUUGACACAGAUACAGUAAUCCAGGUGUAAUCCCCCUCCCUGGAAGCGUCAGUAACUGGAUUAAAGGGGUGACAAGCAGAGAGGAAACCACGGGAACAAGACGGACCGGGACCAGUGGUGGACGAGUGGACGAGCUGGAGGUCGGAUUCUGUGAUUUGUAUGGAUCGGUUGGGAGCAGAGAGAUCGACGGAUACUCUCUCGGCCAUGCAGCUGUCCCGCCUCCACUCGUCCACUCGGGCGCCGGUGACGGCCCGGGUGCUGCUGCGUCGCUCCUCCUCCCGCCGCCUGCUGCCCUCCUCGCAGCAGGAGGCCGCCGCCCCCUCAC